AUGAUAAAUUGCCAAAAAUCUGGAUUUUAUUUUUGGGUCGGGAAUCCUGAUUCCAAUUUCUACAGCAACUUUAAUUUCUUUAUAGGUUUUAAAGGAAUAAGACAAAUUCGUCGCCAAUCAUCCACCAAUUUUAACAAAGGACUGAAACAAUGGAUUAACGGAGCUAAUUUUGUUGAUAAAUACAAUCAUUUUGUAACAAUUAUUUGUGUUGGAAUUGAUAAAAAUAUUGGAGAAGAUUUUUGUAAUUUUGUAAAAAAUCGAAUUAGAGUUGAAUUAGUUUUGUCAUUGGAAGCAUAUCCAAAAUUAGAAUAUUCACAUAUUUCACCAAAUAAAUCAAAAAAAGGAAAAUGUGAAAAAAGAUUAAUUGCCGGGGAAAAAUUCAAAGAUUUUGGGGAGGACAGUUGGUGUAAACAAUGGAUUGUUGGUUUAAAUAUGCCCAAAUUAUUUAAUUAUUCAGAAGAAAAAGCAUCCUUAAAUUAUUAUUUUUUAAAGUUUAGUGAAAAAAUAGAAAAAAAAUAUUUAAAGGUAAAAAUAAAAAUAAUUUUUAAUUUAAAAAUUUAA